GUAUUCUUUUUAAAGAAAAUUUUGAAUAAAUAUAUAUUCCUGUACUAAUAGAGGUAAAUACUUUACACUGUGGACUUGAGACAAGAUACAUGGCGUACCGUCAUCUGUUGUGCGCUGUGUUGGUAUGGGGACUUGUUUACGGACCAACAGUCGGCGAGGACCCCACUGUCGAUGACUGUGGCUGUUUUACUAAACAUCCGCAGGAAAAAUUCUGUUCAUCAGAAGCAGCAUUCAAGGGACGUGCGCUCAGAGUGUUCACCCUAUCAGCUGCCCCGGCAAUAAAAAUUCGUCCCCUGCUAAUACGGGAUCCCUCCAGUGUCUUCAGAAAAAGGCGGAGCUUUUUACUGCCUCCCCCCCAACUCUCCGACCAACAACCGAUGACCCGGAAGACCAUGACAUACAAGUUCCAUGUCGAGGAAGUGUUUAAAGGCGACAUUUUACCAGAUUCAGAAAUAAAUGUUGAUGUCCAUGAAUACAUGUCAGGUUGCUCCUCUUCGUUUUCCAUCAACCAAACCUAUCUCGUCACAGGGGAACUUGAUGCCCACGGGGUCGUUCAUAACGGCGUCUGUGACUGGUCAGGAUGUUGGAACAGUGACGUAUCUCUUUACCAGAAGAUCAGCUUAAAAUCUGGGGGAUACAGUUGUGAUGUAAAGAUUUGCCACCACGAUUCCGAGUGUCCUGGGGACACAGACACGUGUGUUUGGCCCAAAGGAGCCGUCGGAACCUGCUUCGCUAGACAUGCAAAAUGCCAUAUGUCGGCAAAAUUCAAAAAGGCAGUAUGGACAGCAUUUCCAUCGAGGAUUGGCAGUUGCCUGCAAAACAUACCAGUGGCAAAGUACCAUGAGUAGAGAGCACCAACAAACUGAUCAGCGUUCUGUGUACAAGUGGAUGUUAAAUACAAACCAUUGUAUGUUCAGAAAAAAUAAAUACAAUAUAUGAGUAUACAAUACAUUAUGUAUAAAAACUUUUA